AUGAGUCAAAUCAUAAAGAGAGGUUAUCAAGCUAAAGGAAAAUGCCAAGGUGUAAUGUUCCGACAAACCAUUAUUCGAUUUGGAGUGAAAGGAGGAGCUAGCAAUGAUAAAAAGGAUAAGGAUUGUGUUUGGAUUACCAUGGAAGGAGAAGAAACCAUUAUCACUGAAUUAGCCUCAAAAUUAAUCAACACCAAACCACUCAAUUCUUGGGGAGCACAAUUAACUCAAUUGAGUGAAUUAUCCUCAGACAAAGUAAUGGAAAUUGAAAAACAUCAAGUAACAACAAAUAAUGUCGAUGAAUUCAAAUGGAAUAAGAAUGUGCAAUUCUAUCUAUAA